UAACCUGAAUCCAAUCUAUAGAGUGAGUUUAUUCGCUCAAACGAUUGUAACAAUUCUUUUAUUAUCCGAAAGCCUUAUUUUAUGGCCAGCUCCAGCUUUGUGUGUUUAAAUGCUGCGUGCCACUAUGAGCUCGAGACACGGUGACGUCAUCGUCGAAACGCAGAACUAAACAAGCCGUUUCCAGCAGCUCGAGUCUCCGCCGGAACACGGGGCCUGCCCAAACUACUUCUGAUAGUUCCCCAGCGUCUGAACGGUGCUUUGCCUGCUUGUCUUCAGUCAGUGACCGCGUCUCUCUGAAGAGCAUCGCACACAGACAGAAGGAGCAAACAUGUCCGAGAAGCCAGAGGCAAACUCGGAGAGCAGCUGGUAUGGGGACGAUUUUAAGAAGAUCGACCGCUUCGGGAGCACCUCCGCCGCCCGGCGGGAUGACUUGGGAGAGGAGCGGCAGAUGAGAGACUGGGAGGACGGAUCAAGUGAAGAGAAACAGUUUUCCAGCGACCGGCAGCCGCUCCCUGUUGUCAUGGAGACUGCUUCCACCGAUAAAUCAGAUUUAAUCUUCCAGAAGAAGUCCACUGAUGACAGGGAUAACCCGUACACCUCCCUCUUGUCCAGUCAAAGCUAUGCUUCACAUGAAGACACCUCCUACUUUUCUGGCAGCAUGGGCAGAUCUGGUGACAAAAAUACAUCCAGCACAGAAGAAUUCACCUCUGGUUCCCAUUUCCAGUUGACCUUGGACUCUGGCAUCAAGAACCCCAGUGCAGAACAAACUGACAGCUCUCCCAAGAUACAUGACUCUGAGAAAGCUUUUGACUCUUCAUACAACUAUAUGGACAUCAGUCGUAAAGAGGACUCCUGUAGUUCACAACGCCCCCUUGAGGACUGGAGGAUGAGCGGCCUCUCAGAGCCCACCCACUACACUAAACUAGAGAAGAGUCCAUCACCGGUAGAAGUGGAUGUGGAAGACAUUUGCUCUGCAGCAAUUCUGGACUCCCAGACCUUCCCAUAUGUGGAGGAACCAUCUGAUGAAGAGCUGUCUGACUACCAGCCCUAUCGGUCACCAGGUACCGGCAGCAGUGCCAGCCCAGUAAAAUUCACCCUGACAGAAAUGCCACCUACAUCUGUAUCGCCCACCAAUGUCCAACACAGCCCCACAGUUACAGUGUCAGAGAAAGAGAGCAUUUUUAGUCUGGGGCUGGAGGGAGUGCCAACCGUCACUCUCUCAGAGCCUGAGGAUGAAAGCCCUGAGUCAUCUACACCUCCUACAGAAGAGUCUGAUUCUCCUUUGGAUCCAAAAUUCCAGGCUGAUGAAACUAAAAUAAUGAGUUCCACCCAAGACAAGACUCAAACAUCUCCCAUCUCACCCUCUCCACCUACUUCCAAGCAGGAGAGUUCACCAGUAGAGAUUAAGUCUUCCCCACCAAAACCCACUUCGCCUCCUUCCCCCCAGGAUGUUGAGGGUAGCAGUGCUGAAUCUGGAGACUCUGAGAUUGAUCUGGUGUCUGAAGAGCCUAGUCCACGAGCUCCCAACACUGGCUACAUGAGCUUCACUAAGAGUCCCAGCAUCACUUCAUCAACCACAGUACCUUCCACAGUGCCCGCCCCGUCUUCUAACCUUGCAUUUGCCCCGAGCCCUGCAAUGCAGUACAGCAUCUUGAGGGAGGAACGUGAAGCAGAGCUGGACAGUGAACUGGCUCUGGAGUCCUGUGGAGAGGAAAGUCCCAAAAGAUUGACCCAUGACUCCACAAAGGGUUUCAAGGAGAUGCCACAGCCAGUGAAAAAACCCACAACCCUGACUUUGGCAACUAAAGCACCAGUCAAGACUCCAACUGCACCUGCGCCUGUUCCAGCCCCAGCCAGUGCUCCUAAAGAGAAGACAUCCACCAUAGAAGAGAAGCCCAAACCCAGCAGCAGAACCCCCAGUCCGGGCCUGCCAGAGCUGAAGGUUGAGCAUCCUGCUGGGGAGGUGCACCAGAGAAAAAGAAGACGGUCCAGUCAAGCCCGCAGGGGCUCUGAGAGAAUGACUGCACCACCUGUCGUCUUCCAGGGUCUAACCAGGGAGAAAGCGAUGGAGCUGCUGUACUGGAGGAACCUGAAGCAGAGUGGGCUUGUGUUUGGCAGUUUACUGCUGCUGCUCUUCUCUCUGACGCAGUUCAGUGUGGUCAGCGUGGUGGCCUAUCUGGCCCUGGCCACCCUUUCCGCAACCAUCAGCUUCAGAGUCUACAAGUCUGUGCUGCAGGCUGUGCAGAAAACAGACGAGGGACAUCCCUUCAAAGCUUAUCUGGAGGUGGAGAUGUCACUGUCCCAUGAUCAGAUGCAGAAGUACGCAGAAAACACCCAGUAUUAUAUCAACAGCACACUGAAAGAACUGCGCAGGCUGUUUCUGGUGCAGGAUCUGGUGGACUCACUAAAGUUUGCAGUGCUGAUGUGGUUGCUGACCUAUCUGGGAGCCCUCUUCAAUGGACUCACUCUUCUUAUUAUGGUGGUGGUGUCCAUGUUCUCGAUGCCUGUGGUCUAUGAGAAAUACCAGGCACAGAUUGAUCAGUAUCUGGACUUAAUAAAAACCCAAGUCAACUCUGUGGUAGGAAAGAUCAAGGAGAAGAUUCCUGGGGCCAAACGAAAGGCUGAAUAGGCCCCACAGGGCCCCCUGGAGGAUGUUGUGAGCGUCUGAAUACCCCAUUAUUGGGAGAGCUGAAAGAUGAUCAAGGGUUCCACUUUGUACAUACACACACACAAACACACACACAGAAAUCAGACACAAAUAAAUCACUGGAACAUAGUUCUACUUUGUACACUUUGUGACAUCUAGAGCAAAGGCUGAGCUGUGCAGGAGAAGUCCCAUCCUCGCCUUGUAACCAUAGACAAAAAAAAAAAAGAAAAAAAGUGAAGCGUGCUGUCUCUCAAAUAAGGAUCUAGUCAAAGUACAACUAUAAAGAAUUGUAAAAGUAACCUUGAAACAUAUAAUUCAAAUCUGGCAAAAAGACUAGAUGUGAUUUUUUUUCUUUUUGUAUGUGUUGCUCAUAAAGUGCAUGAAGUCAAGAGUCUUAAGUGCUGAUUAAUUCUCUUUUUAUCUUUUAAGUUCAUGUGCUUUCUUAGCUGUGCUGAAAAUCUCUGUAGUACGUGAAGGAUCUCUCCAGCUUUAUUCCUCUCCAGUGACACUCUCUUCUUGGAAAAAAAAAAAAAGCUUUUUUGUGACUUGAGUGUUAGGUGGGGCCUUU